AUGGCAGAAAAAGAAGAAGACAAGGUAAUCAAGACGUUAGAAGAAGACGACGAAUUUGAGGACUUCCCUGAAGACUCCAAUUGGUCCAACGACUCAAACCUGCAGCAGAACUCUGCACAUUUGUGGGAGGAAGAUUGGGACGAUGACGACGCCAAGGAUGAGUUCAGUGAGAAGUUAAGAGAGGAGUUGAAGAAGGCGCAGAAAUAG